UUAUUUAAUCAUAAUUAAUGAGAUUUAUUAUCAAAAUGAAAAUGUGAUGAAAGAAAAAUAAUAAAAUAUAUAAAUUAAAAUCUGUCUGCUGCAGGUAGGACACUGACUGCUCAGAACCACCCCACACACACCUCCACUCAGUUCUUAUUUUAUGUCUUAAAUGGCGACAGAAACCAGACCCKGGUCUUAGAACGGCUCGGCUCGGCUCCAGUUUUCAGCUCCACUGAAACGUUUCUGUUUCUGUGGGAAACAGCUGCACUUGAACCUGAACGACUCGUGGCCUUAAAGCAGGAACCAGUCCGUCAGGCCCACAUAAUGAGCACUUUACCCGUCUGGACCUGAGAACAGAACUCUUCUGUAGAGAUCUGUGGGCUCCAAGGCUCCGCCGGUGCAGCUUUUUAUCUUCGCCUGAAUCACAAACAUGAAAACAAAACAAAAACAUUUUGUUAGAAUCUGGUGGUUCUGUUCUGUACAGAACUUGUUUGGACAAGUUGUUCGUUCUUUUUCUGUUUUUAACGUGAGCGCACUGAAAGUUAGCAUCAUUACUGCAGAGGUCAGGAGAAUAAAUGAAGAGCAGGAAAUAUUUCAGCUGCUAGUUUUCACAGAAUCAGGCUCCUGCUCUGUAAUAAAUGACCGAGUGUUUCAGGUUGACUUGUCCUUCAGUCUCUGAGCUUCAGGUCCUUCAGGUCCUUCAGUCUGUGUUGAACCUGGACCCUGAGUCCUGAUGCUUGUCUUAUCAGCAGUUUGCCUUCAGCUGCAGCAGAGUCUCAGUUCUGUGGGUUUGAUGCUGAAGUGAGACGAUUGUUUCAGUGAUAAAAGCUGCACAGAGUGGGACCAGUGAAUCCUGGACUCAGAUGAUCAGUUUCUGACACAAAGAUCAAAGUUUCUGUCGGGGUCUUGGGUUCCUGCUGCCCUCUGGAUCCUCUGUCCCAGGUGUGGGACCUGGAGUCCUCUCUGUUCCAGGUGUGGGACCUGGAGUCCCCUCUGUCCCAGAUGUGGGACCUGGAGUCCCCUCUGUCCCAGGUGUGGGACCUGGAGUCCCCUCUGUUCCAGGUGUGGGACCUGGAGUCCCCUCUGCUCCAGGUGUGGGACCUGGAGUCCCCUCUGCUCCAGGUGUGGGACCUGGAGUCCCCUCUGCUCCAGGUGUGGGACCUGGAGUCCCCUCUGUCCCAGGUGGAGUCCCCUCUGUCCCAGGUGUGGAACCUGGAGUCCCCUCUGUCCCAGGUGUGGGACCUGGCGGGUUUGGUGUGAGGUGUGUCUCCUGAGGACCGGCCCACAUGAUGUGGGGGAACAGGUGGACUGACCCACAUUCUUCCUCCUGCUUGGAUCUGAUCCAACCCACCAACUGAAGGAGGUUUGAGGAACGUCCUCGGGGGUCUAAGCGUGCUGUUGGGGGUUUAUGGGGGUUGUUUGAGUCCAGUUGUCUCUGUGGGGAGUUUCCCUGCUGCAGAAGCUCGAUCCAAACAUUCAGCUCCUCUUCGCAGRAGUUAAAUCAGGAAGACCCCCUCUGCUCCGACACCCCCCUCAGCCACGCUGCCUCACAGCUGUUUGUGGCUUCAGGGUGGGUCCGGGGUCCGCCUGCUGCAUUCAGAUCAGCGUUUGCAUGUUCUGCCUGACUGCUGACACAUGUCAGGGUGUGGGUCUCCUCUGGUUCCCUCAGAACACAGGACUGACCCGAUCCUUCAGUCCUGAAGUCCCAACAUUUAGAGUCAGUAAAACCAAACGGAUGUUAAAGUUAGUGGACCCAGCAGCUCGGGAGGGGCUUCCCAAGCAGCUGAUGCUCAGUCACAUUAUCCUCCUGCAGGGUGGGACUGGGACCCCCGUCACAUGUGAGUCUGGUAUCUGCUCUGUCUUCAGGGGAUCCUCUCGUAACAAAACAUAAAACAGUUGAGCCGAAGCUGAAAACGGCUGAAUGUUUGCCAGAAAAGACAAAUGUCAGCUUCCUGUUCUGGGUGGGAUGGCUCCAGUUUCCACAGCUGUCUAAGAGGCGGGGCUUAAACCACCUGACACAUUUCUUCUUCUCUCUUCCUGCUCGUCUAGGCCCGUUAAUGACGCACAUUAAUUAUCCUCCAAUAAAGCAGCUCUCAGGGGUCCAUUAGCUGACAGUUCAGGGGGGCGUUACUAGCUGCGUUUCCACUGACCAUGAAAAUGUGCAAAUUAGA